AUGUUGAUUGAAGAAGAAGACAGUAUUGCAACAGUUAUAGAGAGAGCAGAGACAGAACUGAUUACUGAUGAAUCAACUGGCAGAAGAGAUAACAUCUCACUACAAGGCACAGCUUCUACUGCUGCGGCUGCAAGAGAAGUAGAAAAAGAAGAAGAAGAAGAUGUGACAAUAAAAGCAGUGCUUCUGUGA